AUGGCGCCGACCGGGGAUGAUCACUACCAUCCCAAGGAUACCAUCCACCUCAGCCUCUACCAGGGCGCGGGGUUUGGUGGCAUAGGUCUUCUUUUCGCCGCCGUGAGGAACUCACUCUCAAAGACCAACGUCGGGCCUUGGACCACAUUCACCAAGCACGGCGGCAUUGCCGCGACCUUCGCUGUUGCCGGCACCGCCUACGAAUUCACCCGUUGUGCCUCGGCCAACUUGCGCGAAAAGGACGACUACUGGAACCACACCCUUGGUGGAUUCGUUGCGGGCGCCGCCCUUGGCCUGAGAACCGGGCGCAUGCCCCGCAUUCUCGGAUAUGGCGUGUUUGCCGCCGUCGUCACAGGGACAUACGAUUACGCAGGCGGCACGCUGAAGGGGUACUGGAACCGUCCUGAGGCGGACGAAUACGAGCGGAAAGAGACGCUGCGCAAGACUAGGAGAAGGCCGAUUGAGGAGACAAUUGCUGAGAUUGGAGAAGGCAGAGGUAUUAAGCCGCCGGGCUAUGAGGAGCGAAGGCGAGAGAGAAUUAAGGAGAGGUACGGGAUUGAGAUCAACCCCGUCAACGCGGACCCCGAUGCUUCAUAA